AUGCAGCCUCCAGAAGGUGUGCAGGUCGACCUGGGCAAGGCCCAGGUCAUUGACCGCGUUCCCAAAGUUAUCAAGGAGUUGAAGUUUGGUGUUCUGUCCAACGAUGACAUUGUCAGCCAAGGUGUGGUGGAAGUUUCGGAUCGCAAGUUCUUCGAUCUCGAUCAUGAUCGAGCGGUGGUAGCCAAUGGUCCUCUCGAUGCGCGCAUGGGUAUCUCCAACAAGACCUCCUCAUGUCAGACUUGUGGUGGCACUCUCCAGAUUUGCAAUGGACACUUCGGUCAUGUCCGGCUCGUGCUACCGGCUUUCCACGUCGGUUACUUCAAGCGAGUCAUUACUAUUUUGCAGGAAGUGUGCAAGGAAUGUUCGCGCAUUCUGCUCCCCGAAGCCGAUCGCCGUGCCUAUCUUCGUGAAAUGCGUCGUCCUGGGUUGGAUAAUUUGCGGCGCGGCCAGAUUGCGAAGCGGAUCAACGAGCGGUGCCGUAAGACACGCAACUGCGAGGCCUGUGGUGCGGUUAACGGUGUGGUGAAGAAAGCUGGAACGAGCGCCCUCAAAAUCACCCACGACAAAUUCCGUGCAUUCAACGCCUCGACCUCCGUCAAGAAAGUUCCGCCGCCCAGCAAGAUUGUUUUCGACCGGUCAUUCGACGAAGCCAGAACGUCCAAUGCUGAGGUCGAGAAACAUUACAAGAAGGCCCAGGAUGAUAUGAACGCUCUUCGCGUGCUGAACCUGUUCAAGAAGAUUUCCGAUACCGAUUGCGAGCUGCUUGGUUUGAACCCGAAGGAAGCAAGACCGGAAAUGUUCCUCUGGCAAUUCAUCCCCGCUCCUCCGGUGUGUAUUCGUCCUUCCGUCGGUCAGGAUGCGGCGUCCACUGAGGACGAUUUGACAGCCAAGCUAGGCGACAUUGUCCAGAGCAAUAUCAACCUGAAAAACGCAUUGUUGAAGGGCGCACCGGUACAGACAAUUAUGGAAUGCUGGGACUACAUGCAGCUACAGAUUGCGGUGUAUAUCAACAGUGAUGUGCCGGGUCUGAACAAGGCAGACCUUGGAAAGCCCAUUCGUGGUUUCGUGCAGCGAUUGAAGGGUAAGCAGGGUCGGUUCCGUGGUAACUUGUCCGGAAAGCGUGUAGAUUUCUCAGGCCGUACUGUCAUUUCCCCCGAUCCCAACCUGCGAGUCGAUGAGGUUGCGGUCCCUGAAUUGGUGGCCAAGAACAUGACCUAUCCCGAAGUUGUUACUCGGUACAAUAAAGAGAAGCUACAGCAGAGAGUCCGAAACGGCACGAAGAAGUGGCCGGGUGCAAACUACAUUAUGAAAAAGGGCCAGACGUUCAAGCUCUUCCUUAAAUAUGGUAACCUGAACAUGAUUGCCGACCAACUGCAGGAGGGUGAUGUUAUUGAGCGCCACAUCGAGGACGGUGAUAUUGUUCUGUUCAACCGACAGCCCUCUCUGCACAAGCUCAGUAUUCUGUCUCACUUUGCCAAAGUUCGUCCUCACCGGACCUUCCGACUGAAUGAGUGUGUCUGUAACCCUUACAACGCGGAUUUCGACGGAGACGAGAUGAACUUGCACGUGCCUCAGACGGAGGAGGCGAGAGCCGAAGCGAUGGAACUGAUGGGAGUCAAGAACAACUUGGCCACGCCCAAGAACGGAGAGCCGAUUAUUUCUGCCAUUCAAGAUUUCAUCAGUGCCGCCUACAUUCUCAGUAGCAAGGACAACUUCUUCGACCGCCGCUCGUUCACCCAAAUUUGUCUGUACAUGCUGGGCCCGCAGACACGCUUCGACCUGCCCCCUCCAGCUGUGCUUAAGCCUCAGAUGUUGUGGACCGGAAAGCAGGUUUUCAACAUCCUCAUGCGGCCGAACAAGGAUGACCCCGUCUUGGUCAAUUUGGAUGCUGCGUGCAGACAGUUCAAGGCUCCCAAGGAUGGUACGCCACGGGAUCUGGACCCGAAGGAUUCCUGGCUCGUCAUCCGUAACUCCGAGGUGAUGUGUGGUGUGAUGGACAAAUCCACCAUUGGUUCCGGAAAGAAAGACAACGUGUUCUAUAUCAUGCUGAGAGAUUACGGGCCUGUGGCGGCUGCCGAGGGUAUGAACCGCCUGUCCAGGCUCUCAGCCCGCUGGUUCACAAACAUGGGAUUCUCGAUCGGUAUCACCGACGUAUAUCCCAGCGAAAAGCUCCUACGUUCGAAGCAUGACCUCGUCGAAACGGCGUACGCACAGUGUGACGAAGUCAUUGCCAAGUACAAGGCAGGCACACUGGAGAAAUAUCCUGGUUGUGACGAGUUGCAGACCAUGGAGAACCAACUGUCCGGUAUUCUCAGUAAGGUCCGUCAGCAGGCAGGAGACGAGUGUAUCGCUCAGUUGAGCAAAUACAACUCGCCCCUAAUCAUGGCCACGUCCGGAUCCAAGGGUUCCAGUAUCAACGUGUCCCAGAUGGUUGCCCUUGUCGGUCAGCAGAUUAUCGGUGGUCAGCGUGUGCAGGACGGCUUCCAGGACCGUACCCUGCCGCACUUCCCCAAGAACGCUCGCCAGCCCCCGUCCAAGGGUUUCGUCCGUAACAGUUUCUUCUCCGGACUGGAGCCCACGGAGUUUAUUUUCCACGCCAUGUCCGGUCGUGAAGGUCUGGUCGAUACGGCCGUCAAGACCGCCGAGACGGGUUACAUGUCUCGUCGGUUGAUGAAGUCGCUUGAAGAUCUCUCGACCAGAUACGAUGAUACCGUGCGUAACUCGUCCGCGGCCAUUGUCCAGUUCCAGUACGGUGAUGAUAAGCUUGAUCCCUUGGAUAUGGAAGGUAAAGCCAAGCCUGUCCAUUUCGACCGGACUUUCAUCCACGCCGAGUCGACGACUUACAAGAACGACGAGCGGAGUUUGCUUCCGGCCGAGAUCAUGGAGAUUUGUGAAGAGAUGCUUUCGAAGGAGCGCUCUAAGCUGGUGCGGAAGGAUUUGAUGGGCAACGAGCUCGGCUACAUGGAUCGGUCUGACCAUGGUGUCGAUCAGUUCGAGAGUGCUCGUGACUUCCUCGAGUCUAUCCAGCAAUACGUCGCUACGAAGGCAGACAAGCUGAUCUCCCGCGGUGGUGACAUCGACCCCAACGACGAGAGAAGUCAGAAGGGUCUGAACCACACCGGAAAGCUGACUGAGCGCACGCUCCGCACUUUCAUCUCGUCAUGUUUGAUGAAGUACAAGAAGGCCCAAGUCGAGGCUGGCCACGCCGUCGGUGCAGUUGGUGCACAGUCCAUUGGUGAACCUGGUACGCAGAUGACGCUGAAAACUUUCCACUUUGCUGGUGUCGCCGGUAUGAGUAUCACGCAGGGUGUACCCCGUAUUAAGGAAAUUAUCAACGCGUCGAAGGAGAUCAGUACGCCUGUUGUUGCUUGCGAGCUCGUCACGAAGGACAAUAUCAUCGCGGCGCGAAUCGUCAAGGGACGUAUUGAGAAGACCUACUUGCGAGACAUUAUCCACUAUGUCCGUGAGACAUGGACGGGCAAGGAAGCCUACAUCACAGUGAAGAUCAACUGGAAGACAAUCCAGGACUUGGCGCUCGAGCUGAAGAUCGAGAACAUCUUGUCGGCGAUCAAGAACCACAAACGGUUCAAGGCAGACGAUCUGAAGUUCCGAUGCUCGCGGUCCCACAUCCACGUCUACAUGGACGUGGAUCCGUCGACCAAGGCCAAUCUGUCCAAGACGGAGAUCGCCCACACCAGUGCCGAUCCUUUCCUCCGUCUGAAGCACCUGAAGCGCAUGCUCCCUGACAUCCAAGUCCUGGGUCACCCCCAGGCCUUCCGUGCCAUCAUCCGAACCGACGAGACGUCUACCACCAACACGCUUCUGGUGGAAGGCUACGGUCUCCGCGAGUGUAUGACAACGAUGGGUGUGGACGGACUGCGCACGUCAACCAACAACGUCAUGGAGAUGCGGGACGUUCUCGGUAUCGAGGCGGCGCGGACGACCAUCGUGCAGGAAAUCAGCGAGGUCAUGAAGGACAUGGACAUUGAUCCGCGACACAUGCAGUUGCUGGCCGAUGUCAUGACCUACAAGGGUGAAGUGCUGGGUAUCACGCGAUUCGGUCUCGCGAAGAUGCGUGACUCCGUCCUGCAGUUGGCGUCGUUCGAAAAGACGGCGGACCAUCUGUUCGACGCCGGUGGUGCGGGUCGCAGCGAUCUCAUCGAGGGUGUGUCCGAGUGUAUCAUUAUGGGCAAGACGGUGUCGCUGGGAACGGGAGCGAUGGAGGUGGUGCGCAAGAUGAACUUCUUCGAGGGACAGAUCGGGGCACGCAAGACGACGUUCGAAGAUACAUGGACCGAGGUGUACGAGGCGCCAUUGGAGAGAGCCAAGGCAGCUCGACGCAAGCGAUCAUGA